CUUCCGGCUACCGAUUCAAAGCUUCAAGGCCCAUGUUAUCGCAGCUGUCGUUAGAUUUCGCUUCUUCGUAUAUAUACCCAUCAUCUCCACAUACUUUCCCUAACCCUUGCGCUACAAAAUUUUGAAUCUCGAUUUGCGCUUCCGUACAGAACCUCCAGGUCUUACUUCCCGUACAACUCUUACCUCCCAUACAAUUUCUAUGAUGAGCUCCGUUUUGCAUUAUCCACAACACAUGAAUCACACUCCAAUCCUCCCUCCAAUAAAUCAUCGCCAGGCGUAUUCUAACGAAGACACAUUCUACCGCCGUCCGUCGCCCCCAUUGGUCCAUCUCCCAUCACUACACUAUGAAACGCAAGAGCAAGCGGAUAGCAAGCGGGUGUCUGUUUCGUCCUUAGCUUCCGGCUCCAAUGAUUCAUCUUGGGCUCUCUCGGAACGUUCUAAUUCGGGGACUCACGCUUCGGGUGUUUCAACUACCUACCCCAACACCGCCACCAAUUCUCCGCCCCCCCUUGGCAAAAGCACCAGCUCUUUAUUAUACACUGCGAUCUCCCCGAUCACGCAUUUGCCACCGAUCUCGCGGUUGGCGUUUCCGCCGCAGGCUCAGCAACCACAGUACCCACCUUCACAGCUGUACUAUUCCAGCCUCAAGCCAGAAUUUCAGUACGGCGUCCCGCCACCCGCCCAUGCCGGACAAUAUCCUCGGGAAUAUCCGACCCCCUCCAGCAGCGCUGUUGGGCCUCGCCUGAUGUCCUCUUCCCUUCCUCCAUUACACUCCAACUCUGAGCCCAUCCAGUUUUCCAUGAAUGGAUCGCCCCGGUCACAACACUUUGCCUCUGUUGCUUCCUUCGCCAGGGAACACGCCCACUCGUCUUCUUCUGAAUCAAUCUCCGGGACUCUCAGCUCGAAACAGCCACGCAAAAAGAGACAAUGUCCGGAAUGUAAGCACUACUUCUCCAACUUGGCUACUCACAAGUCUACUCACUUGACCCCAGACUCGCGUCCACAUGUUUGCUCCAUUUGUGACCGUGGAUUCUCCAGGUCCAACGAUUUAUCGAGACACGUUAAGCGCCACUGGAAAGAAACGGGCUCCGACCAGGGGGCUUUCAAAUGCCCCUUCAACCUCCACGUCCAGCAAGGGCAUGAGGGAUUCAAGGGCCCUCACGGGGAGGGUGAAGCCCAUGACGAUAAUGCACACACCUGCCAUCUGACCGGGAUUUUCAGCCGCUGUGACACGUUCAAAAACCAUUUGAAAGCCUUGCACUUUGAGUACCCAUUGGGUACCAAGAAAAAUCAGCGGGGCUAUGUCUCCGGGUGUUGUAAAAGCUGCAAAAUGAGAUUCAACAAAGUUGAUGACUGGAUGAGCCAACAUGUAGAGGCUGGGAAGUGUCCCUACGGUGCUGGAAAUGGGGCCUAAACUUACGAUAUGUUAACCUCAUAUUUUUGGUUCAUUCGAUUACGAUUUGACAGGUACUUAGAAGU